AUGCUCCUCGUCUCCGCCGGCUCUAAUGCCCGAGGCCAGUUGGCCACGGGAGAUCAAGAAGAUGCGCAUACCUUUACCAAAUGCUGUUUUGAAGGUUACGCUCCCGGACAGCUCCCGCAAGGCACGCAGACAGUCGUCCAGAUCACCUGCGGCGCGAACCACACCCUACUGCUCUUGGAACGUACGCAGGACACCUCGUCCAGUACCCGGAGGGAGUUGUGGAGCUGCGGAGAUGGAAGUAAGAGCCAGCUAGGUUCCUCCGUCGUAGAGUCGUCCUCCGUAUUCGUGCCUUUGAACCUUGAGCUGCAGAGCCUCGGCCUCGAGGGCUAUACCGUUCAGACGGUGGCAGCCUGUUGGGAGACCUCCUUCGUCGCACUUACGCACCCGGAUCGCAGCGACGUAUUGCUGUCCAUGGGCUCCGACGAUUUCGGGAACCUGGGCAUCGGGGGAACGAAGGGCAAGAGCACGCGGUGCAUACACAGGGUCCCGUUUGGCGGUGAAUGCUUAGGGACCGAUGAUCCCUGCACCAUUCGUGUCCUAUCGCUCGCCGCUGGGCCACACCAUGUCGCCAUACGGCUAUCUGCCAAGCUGGCGGGCCGGUCAGUGCAAGAACGCCUCGUAGGAUGGGGUACAUCCAGGCACGGACAGUUAGGCGACCUGAAGAUUACUCGCAUGGGACGGCCCGUUCCUUUCGUUGACUCCCCGUGGCCUGUCGCGUUACCCGUCGGCAAUACGCUAAAAGAGUUCUCCCUAGGAAACCAGCACAGCGUCUUCUUGCUAUCGUCUGGACGCCUCUAUGGCAUCGGUUCGAACCGACGGGGACAGCUAAAUGAAAUUGACCAGCACAAGGACGUGUCGUCCGUGAGCUGCACCUGGAACGGAACCUACGUUGUCAUGCGUCAGAACAGUACCUGGACAAUCCUGUCCCUAGGUGCUUCCCACAAGGGUCAGCUCGGUCGACAGAUCCCUAAUGAACCAGAUCACACCACAGGUAUUGCACCCGCGCCUGUCGAGUUCCCCUUCGGGGCAGACACCCGGGAGCUGAUCAAGGUCGCCUGUGGUAGCGAGCAUGUACUCUGUCUGUUUUCACUUCGAGACGCGCUACCCGGGGACACCGCAUCAUCGCAGCGAGAAGUCUGGGCUUGGGGAUGGAACGAGCAUGGUACGCUCGGCGAUGGAACUACAGAAGAUAGAAAUUUCCCUCAAAAAGUGUGGCCACCUGACGAGAGCUCGCGGCGGGCUGUCGACAUCUCCGCAGGCUGCGGGAACAGCUGGAUCGUUCUCGAAGGCUAGAUAACCCCUCAACAUGAUUAUGUACAGUAAGGUUCGCGUUAAUUGAAUGUACAUCUGCCACAGGAAUAAUGAACGUGUGUGCUAGGCAUCGCUUCGUGCAAUUACGAGAGGAUAUAAGGUUGUUCCAAGGGCUCCAAGUGAAUGUAUCGAGAGAUGUACAUUUGUGGCCAUGGGUGUAGAGUUGUGGAGAUUCCCGGGGAGACAGAGACUCUGGGUUUGACUACUUGAGCGAAUACUGGAACGUCAGCAAGAGCGAUGCACCGAGGACGACGUCAGGGGCGAACUUGGAGCUGUACUCAGGUGGAAUAACGACGGCAGAGAAGUCCGCGGGCGGGCGAAGUGCAGGCGAGACCUUCUUGGACUUGAUGCUUGAAGUCUCAGUUUCGAUGUCAACAAGCGUUCGAUCCGACUCAAUGCUGUCGUUUCCACCCUCAAACUCCUUAGACACUCCCAAGUUGUCGCUAUCGGGAUCUAUCCGCUGGCGUUUUGCGACACGAGCACAAGCCCACUCCAGAAUCGGUUUUCGCGUAGAAGGAUCGCCACGCCGGUUCUCUUUGUCGGCCCCAGAAACAGCAGAGAAUCUCUUAGCGAGAGGACUAGGCAUCGUAGAAGUGGCGACGGAGUUGGGUUGGGUUGACGGUGUAGAGGGCAAAUAUUCCCAGAGUUCGCGUUUCAGGGAACGAGAGGUCGGCUGAGGGGUCUUCUCCCGCAGGGAAGACAGAGAGACAGAGGAGACAACAGAGGGCUGGCGUGAAGAGGUAGGAGCAUUGCGGCGCGAAGUAUUGCCAAGAGGCUGGCGGGACAUGAGCUGAGGAGCAGCCGUUACCACCAUCGAGUUCUUCUUGGACAGCUGGCGGCGGUUCUGAAACCAGACGGUCACGGUUCUCGUAUCCCUGUAAAGCUAUGAGUCGAACUCCACAGCGAACGGUUGGGCGGGAUACAAACAUUCCAACCUCUCCACCCAGAGCCUGUUUCUGCUCUCGGGUUGGAUGGGUAUCCUGUUGGUACAGCGUCUCCAAGCGCUCUAGCUGCUUGUCGGUCAUGCGAUGGCGAGGCUUCUUAUCUUUGUGGUCUCUGUCCGAGUACGGCGUCCCAGUCCUCGAUGAACGGUUCGACGUCGUUCCGGCCUGCUUCCUAGCGAGAGCGGCAGGACGCGCGACACUGGGAUCUUGCAGGUCAGCAACACGCGAUGAACGAGUGGCACGCGCAGGAGGGCGCAUCUUGAGUGUUUCCUAGGGUAAGGAGCGUGAGGUUUGUGUUGAAGCUGACCUGACCUAUGCGUCGAUUACGCAGAACCGUAACCGUAGAGACCUCGACGGCGUUGAACGAA